AUGCCUCGAAAACGCUGGAUUGACAAGAAACAGGCGCAGACCUUCCAACUGCUCUACCGCCCACAAAAUGAUCCUGCCCUGCACGACGAAUCCGCUGGUGAGCGUGCCCUUUAUCAGACUUCGGGCCAGAGUUCCUCUUCCGAGAAAGCGCGUGCUGGCCCAGGCCUGCACUUGGAAGACUUAGAAAGCGAUGUGGAUUUUGAACAAAUGCGUGAAAACGAGGGAGAGGCGGCUGAACAUGGAAUCUACUUCGACGACACGACCUAUGACUACAUGCAGCAUCUGCGUGAUGUCGGCGAGGGUGGUGGAGAGGCUUAUUUCAUCGAUGCUGCGCCUGUGGCGGGACAGGCCAAGGGGAAAGGGAACGCUCGAACAGUGAAACUCGAAGACGCUUUACGAGAAGUCUCACUGGAUGAUGGUCAGAGCGUGGCUGGCAGCGACUUGUUUUCCACAUUCUCCACAGUUUCCAGGCCCCGAACGUAUCAAAAUCAACAGGACGUACCAGACGAGAUCGCAGGAUUCCAGCCCGAUAUGGACCCUAGAUUGCGUGAGGUUCUUGAGGCCCUUGAAGAUGAAGCCUAUGUAGAUAACGAGGACGACCAAGACAUCUUUGGCGCUCUGGCCAAGGAAGGUCGUCACGGGGAACUUGAAUUGGGCGAAUUCGAGGCCAAUCUUGACGAAUAUGACGAUGGCUGGGAUUCUGAUGCAACAGAAAAGGCACUCGAGCAGACUUCCGAACUCAAGCUACCAACGGCCGCCUCAGACACGGCCAGCGACGCAACAGAUGGUUUAGAUGCUGAGACGGCUGCAGCAGAGGAUGGCGACUGGUUGCGAGACUUUGCCAAGUUCAAACGAGAUCAUACAAAAAAGCCACCCGCCGCUGCAGCGUCUAUCGUUGCAGCGUCUGCUGUUCAGGAUAAAGCACCCUCUUUAUACACACUGAAUGGCACGCCACUACGGCAGAAGAAGCGGAAAGGCGCUCUGACGAACCCGAGUGCUUACUCUAUGACAUCCUCAUCUCUCGCCCGAACCGCUGGCCAGCAACUAUUGGACGCUCGUUUCGACCAGGUGGAGAAGAUGUAUGCCUUAGACGAGGGCGACGAGUACGAAGAUAUGGACGGUGGCAUUUCUCUCAUGUCGGGAAUGACGGGUCGCUCGAAAAUGUCACAGCUUUCCACCACCAGUUUCGCCGACGAGGGUGCGGUAAGACAGGACUUCAAUGGCAUGAUGGACGACUUCCUUGGCGAUUGGAAUAAAGCCAAUCCUGGUGGGAAACGGAAAGGCGUUAAGGGUAAACGUGGGAAACAUGGUAAUGAGAAGUAUGGGCUGCAGCAGUUGGAUGAGGUUCGUGCUGAAUUGGGUCCCGCAAGGAUACAUAAGCCCACGCAAAAAAACUGA